GGAGCGCCAUCUUGUUAAGUGGGGGUGUCCCCGUCUAAGUGCGCGUAGUGAUGACGUGGGCACGUAUCGACACCCAUUGCACUUUCGCGGAAACUGAGAAGUGUGCACAACAAGACGUCUCAACAUUUCUUUUUUCUUGCUCGAGCUCCACGGUUGUGCGGGUUUGCAGUGCCCAUUCAAGACGCAGCCGGUUCUAACGGAGUGCGUUUUUCGUUUCGUUUUUCUUUCAUUUUCCUGGCCGACAUAUUUGCUUUCAUUUCGAUCUCGCGCGCUGCGCAUGCGUGAAUUUUCAUUUCUGUUUUCCGCCAUUGCAGCUCGGACGCACGUGUCUACGAGGCUUUGAGAAAACUUCUCGACGUGCGUGAAUUAUGCAGAAUUCCGGGGGAGCCUCCGUUGCCACAUCAGCCAAUUCAGAUAAGCAGACGGGUGGGCGCGGUGUGGCGUGGCGCGAAGCGGAAACUAGGGAUCUCAUCAGUAUCUGGGGGGAGGAGGCGGUCCAGAGUGCAUUGCAAAAAACGCACAAGAAUAUGGAUGUUUUCGUGUCGGUGGCCUCGCAGAUGCGUGGCAUGGGCCACAAUAGGUCGGCGGUGGAGUGCAGAACGAAAGCCAAGGGCUUGAAGAGAGAUCUUAAAAAAUGCAAGCAACACAAUUCCAUCUCUGGGAAUGCCAGGAAAACCAUCCCUUUCUACAGUGAACUGGACCGCAUUUUUGCUAAUGAUAAGUCCGUUAAUAACGAUGAUCCCUAUAGAGCGGCGGAGUGCGUUUAUGUCAGCCGCAGAGCUCCUUCUGCUGCAGAAACAUCGCAUGCAUCACUGGGGGCCACACAGAGAACGGAUGUGGUGGCAACGCAAAGCUCACGCAGGACUUUGAUGACAAUAAAUGAGAUGGACAUUCGCCCACAAAGUCCAUCUUUGCUGGAAUCCGGUGCGGGCAGUCACAGCCAGGAACAUCAGCUGCGGAACUUGAGAAUGGGAGAGGAUCUGGAUGCCACCAUGAUAGAUCAAGAGGCCCUUCUCGAGGAGGCAGCCCUGAGAGAUGAUGCUGCCGGUGAAUUGGUGACAGCAAUGGCGGACCAGGAAGAACACCAGCCUCCUGGGGAGGACGUGCUCCCACCAGCAGCCAACACAGGACAACCCUCUGCGGCCCUGGAGGCGGAGCAAAGGGCAACAAGGCAAAGGAUAAGGCUUCGACGCGUGGGGAUUCUGGCAGACUUCGCGCGUGCCAUAGUGGAGCAGGGAGAGGCCGAGGCCCAGGAGCGAUGGGAGUCACGGCAGGAGGACAGAACUGAAUCCCGUGAGAGAUUUGACUCCCUGAUGACAGAAAUACGUAGGGGGAACAGCGCGAUGGAGAGCAUGGUGGACAUCUUUCGCCAGCGAUUUGGCAGACCAGAGCGGGUCGAAAAUAUAUUGGAGACUCUGGUGAACCAUGUGCUGAGUGGUGUGGCUGCGGGAGAACAGCAUCCUCGCUCUCCGGGGUGCGCAACCGUCACGCCCUCACCUGAUCGACACCUCCCAGCUGCCUCACCACACCAUUUCCAAAAUGUGCACAGGGAGUGUCAAGGGGAGAAGGUCAGAACCUUCGGUUUUCCAUCGCGUGUUGGUUCAAAUGACUGCCAAACACCACCCGAUCUUGCUCCUGCCACUCCCUGCGUGAGUGCGUGUGGCUCACACGGUCGUGCCAACUCAACUCAGAAUGAAAGGGAGAAUAGACCACCUCUGUCACGCUCCCUCCAUUUCACUGCUUCCCAUGAGACCUCUCCUAUCCAAGGCAAGGUGAACCAACGCGAGAGCCAUGUGCUAGGGAAGAGUGGGAAUGGCUUGCCAGCCAAACGUCAGUGUCUGCGGGAGCAGAUGGAGCAGUCAUCAGCCGGGAAUGUACAGGGAAGGGAAUUUGGGAGGGGGGCCAUUGUCCGGACACGCAAGCAGAAACAGAAAUUGGACCUCUGAUGUGGCACUGUCGAGGUUGUUCAACAAGUUAGUUGUUUUCUGUUCACGGUUCAUUGUUCAUUUUUUUUUAACUCUCCAAAGCUUGUGGAGAACCUUUCCAUGUCUGUCACCUGUGAAUAAAUGUGACCCUAAUUGCAUCUAA